AUGUCCAAUGCUGCGGCGUUGCAAGCGUUGGAAGAUGCUGGUCUUCGCUUGCAGCGAGCGCACUCUUUUCGCAUGAACAAUUGUCUCAUUGAUUCCAUAAUCUUGUGUCUAUGCAAUAGCGGCCACCUGCCGUCGACGCUGCCCGCAAAUAUGGUGGCACGAUGUCAGCUGACGGUUCAGUGCCGGGAUGCGUUAGCCAAAACACUCGGUGCCGUUCGGCAACCAAAUGCAAUUGGUCAGUUUCCGUAUUUGGAUGCCGCGCGUGACGGGCCCGCGGUUGUGAAAUAUCUUUUUGAAGAGUUCAAAGUCAUACCUUUACCACCGCUGGUGCUGUGUGUACAUGAUCGGUUUGCUGACUCAUUUGAAGCUUCAUUCUUCAACCGCGUCCAAAUGCCGUGGUCUGCCGUAACAGAGUCCGACCGAACGACAGAAUUACACAUUUUCAAUUACACAGACCACCGUGGACAGAGCUACCAUUUCGACAGCUUGAAGCUGAAGCCUGCAGCCGCACGGAAUGUAGAUGCUCGUGCCCGAAAAGGUACAUGCGCACAAAAAAGCAGCGGGACAAUUCUUUUAACGAAGGCAGACAGAGACGAUGCCCAAGGCGAAACGGCAAAGCCUGAGGCAGAGGUGCGCGAAGCAGAUACCGCGGAGCAACCAAACAUGGCAGCAAGGAGCAUCGAGUCUGAGAUCUUGGGCGCAGACCAGAAAGCAGUCGAUGUGUCAAAACUGAAAGAAGAGACAUCGGGAAGCAAAGGCGCCCGCGUGAGGUCGCGAACGCCGCCGCAUGGACGUCCAGCGGGCGCAGCUGCAUCAGUGCCGGACCUGACACCGGAACAAUGUGCCAGUGACGACGAAGGUCCGGCCAUGUGUGUUGCAAUCGGGGGUGCGUACAACAGCCAGCGAGAGGUCCAAAACCUCUUGCAAGCCUUUUUCCGCGGCCGCUGUGAAAACAUAACGAUUUACCCAACAGACGCACAGGAGGUGAUAGCUGCUUGGAACGACCCCGUUCGACUACGUCAGAAGUUGUUGGUCUUGUUGCAAGCCGGCUUGACAUAUGCCGACGCAGGAGAGGCGGCGGCCGAGCGGUUGCGGCAGCAAUGGGCAGCUUACUACCUAGCAUGCACCCAAGGCCCCACACGAAAGCGAGACGCAGAAGGGGGAUGGCGACUAGAAAGUGCUCAGGAGUCCCCUAGACCGGAUGCGGCUCCGCCACGCAAACGUUUGCGUGGAAAGACGACUGUUCCCAUCGCGCCAGACGCAAGCCCAACGACCGCGACAUUGAUGGAAAACAGCGAGCCUGCUUUACAAGGCGAUGAAUACCUUCUAAAAGUGUGGGAAACAAGGCAUGGAAACCCAGACCCGAGAGCAGCGCUAGAUGACAAAUUGGCAAACUUGAUCCAAGUGCACUUGCGGCGGAGGCCACUGCUACCGAUUUGGUUAGAAUCAGAUACAUCGGAAUUUGGGUACGAUACGAGGAACUUCUUUUGUUCUUUUAAGAACUGUGACUUCGAAACAGAUUGCGAGAAUACAUUCGAAGAACAUCUCCAGGAUGUGCACAGCGAGGCUUUACAUUUGGAUUUUUCUCCUAGUACACAGAAACGCAGAGUGUUGUCGACGUACCGACGUGCCUUAACGGCCGCAUGUCAACAACAAGCACCCUGCGCGCACCGGGCAAUCGAUCGCCGCUGUCUACGGCAAUAUCGGAUUGCUUUAGGCGAGGACCGCGUGGGCGCAGGCAUUUGUUUCGUAUGCGCGCGCAGGUUUCCAUACAGCCACGGUAUGGAAGCCACCGACGAAAUACAGUGGAAAUCUUUGCUGGACCGGACUGCGACCAAUUUGCUAGGCCUGCCGCUGGACGAUGCAAGAGUCGUCCUCGGGUACGACGCAUAUUGGAGCCAGUAUGGCGUUCAACAUGCUGAAGCCGUGCAGGCGCGCCUCCGCGAAGACUUGCGCGAUUGGAUCGGCGCGGAAUUGGCGGAAACCAUCAACGUGAUCAUCAAAGCUGGCGCGUGGGACAGCGAGAACACAGAUCCCGCCAAAAUAAUCCAUCAAGCGCGCAAUUGCUCCGAGAUGCACAAGAAAGAGGGCAUCCAGCAUACGCCAACCUGA